AUGACGCCCCAGAUCUUACACUUGCCCGAUGGCAAAAAGUUCACCGUCGCCCCCGUCUUUGGCGGCCUGGGGUUCCGCAGCCAUAAUCACCAUAACCUGCUCCAUCCGUAUCCCGGAGGCUGGAUGACGGUGCUGCACACCGAAGAAGACAGGGUCGAGUUUGAGGGCCCCAACGGCGGCGAGGGCCAGAAAGACCACGACGAGAACCUGCCGCCCCAAACAAAAAGGCGGACCAAGCCCUUCACCAGGCCUACGCUGCAGAACGACACGCUCUUCAUCUCGUCCAUCUCCAUCCCUUCCGACGCAGAGUUCAAGCCAGCUGCUAGCCCGACGAGGGAGAUCGCCAUGAUGCUCUGGAUCACCCUGUACUGGUACUUUCACCAACCGCCUCCGGACAGGGAACUGCACACGGCGGCCUCCAAGGACACGCCCGCUGGCGCGAAGCCCGUCGGCGAGUGGAGGAUUCGCAUCAAGAGGGACGGCGUGCUCCGCGGGAGGAAUCUAAUCCCCAAGCUGGAGAGGAUGGGGCUGAUUGCCUCCGAGGACACGGCCGUGGGGACCUGCGUCGACGACAGCGGCGACGGUUGGACCAACAUGUUUGUCUCAAAGCGCAUGUUCUGGCAGAUCCCGGCAAACUUGUUCCUGUUCACGCUGCAGCCCGUCCGGGGGGCCGACAUGCCCGGCUCCCCCGGCACGAGUCGCCCGGGCUCGCCCAUCAAGGAGGACCCGGGGCGUUUGGACCGGCGGACAGCUGGCCGCCGAUGUGCCGGGCGCGCCUAUGCCGACGAGCGUCGCGGCCGCGCCGGCGUUCCCCAUCGGGCCGUACUUCUCCUCAUCCCAUCUGCCGACCUACUUCCCGCCGCCGCCGCUGCAGUACGUCUCCCCCCCCCGCCGCUGCAGUACGUCUACACCAACGGCGCGCGCCACCCGUUGCGGCCCAAGCCCCCGCGGAUGGGGGAGGUCUUUUACACCCGCUUCAUCGACAGUUUGGGCCAGUACCUGUCGUUCCGGGUCGCCUCGGCCUCGGCCUCGCCGGUACCCUACCUCGGGCCGCUGGGGCCCAACCCCCCGGAGCAGAGCCACCUGUCCUCCAUGAGCGACCGAGAUCUCCUCCAGUCGUGGUUCGCGAGCCAGCGGGGCAGGGACUUCUGGGGCAGCUACAGGGACUUCUGGGGCAGCUACACCCCCGAAUUCCUCGAGACAGCGCUGUGCUCGCGGCACUCCUUCCCGGUGAUUGGCCUGUGGGACGGCGUCCCCUUUGGAUACUUUGAGCUGUACUGGGUCAAGGAGGACAUUCUCGGCCGCCACGUGGGCGACGAGGCGGGCGACUGGGACCGCGGCGUCCACAUCAUGGUUGGGGAGGAGUGGUCCAGGGGCAGGGUGGCCGCCUGGCUCACGAGCCUGGUGCACUACUGCUUCACGGCCGACCAGAGGACCAUGAAUGUAUGUCUGGAGCCGAGGGUCGAUAAUCAGAGGGUGCUGCGACACUUGGACGCGUGCGGCUUCUCCAAGGAGAAGCAGGUUGCGUUUCCUCACAAACAAGCUUGGUUCGUGAAGCUGCGGCGGGAAUUCUGGGACGGGCCAGCCCUGUAG